AUGACGCCUACGUCGAGCAAUAACUCGGCUGCGCAUCUGCCAGCGCGGUCACAGAAUCCUUCGACGCGAGCACCGUCUGGAGGCGCGAGUUUACUGCAGGAGAGAUUGAGGGAGAGGAAGGUGGAGAGCGCGCGUCAGAGUCGGAGGAGAAGCAUUGACAUGGACGCAGAGAGGGGUGUGCAAAGCUCACCGGUGCGGGCGAGAGAGGAACGCAGACCAAGUUCGAGUGGCAUUGCUGCUGGCAAGGGAAUGGGAGUUAAGCAGAUCGAGGAGCAAGUAUCUUCCCUACACAAGCAGAACUUCGAUCUCAAGCUCGAGCUAUACCAUCGCCGUCAACGACAAGAAACCCUCGAGGCACGAUUGGAAGCAUUGGAGAAGCAGGUGGAGGAACAGGCCGAGCUACAAGAGGUCAAUGAACAAUUGUUGGCGGAGUUGGAGAAGAGGGAUCAAGCGGUCGAGGAGGCUGUCGGGAUCAUUGUUGGGCUGGAGGAUAAGGUCGAGCGGUUGAUGCAGGAGAGGGAGCAUGUCAAGGAUUUCGACAAGCAGUUUGAGGCCAGCUACUUCCGCCCGAGCAAUGAUGAUGGACCACCGAGCUCGCCACCAGAACUCAAGGACCAUCAGCUGGUUGUGGCAAAGAAUGGGCUUACCAGGAUGCCAUCGUUCUUGUCUGAGACUACCGAGGGGACGGAGGCACUGCGAAGCCUUUAUCUUCCACACAGCCAAUACAGCGAUGCAACUCUGCCGAAGUUGCAGGAGGAGGAGACCAUGAGUGGAAUGGACAGCCCCCGUCUAAGUGUUUUGAGCAAGAGCUCGUUCUUGAGUGUAUAUGGAGAUAAACAGUUGUCACUCGAUGCCUCUGAGGAUGCACAAGAUACCCCACGACGACAUCGAGCAUCUUCCUCCAUCGAAAAAUGGGUUGGUGAUGGACCUGCUAAGGAGACUCCUGUCCGUCCUUCGCCUGCCCUCCGAAAGAACCAGUUUCUCUCAAUCAAUGAUGUUCUGGAAUCCCCCUUGCAACGAUUAGAGAAGUUGAAGCAUACACUAGAAAAGCACAACACCAGCUUGGCAUCUACCCGACCUCAGCCAGAACGAGCAGUCAGCGUCCAGGAUAAACGCAAGUCACGAGAUGCCCUUCGACGAGUCUUCACGGAUCAAGCAAGCUUUGAGCAUCAACAGACACUACCUCCAACACCUGACACCAUCAGCACGAGCACAUUAAGACAUUACCAAUACUCCAAUGACACACUGGCUGGAGAUCACAGAAAACAAGGAACACUCCUCCACAGCACAUCUACCGUCCCCGUCUCGCGUACCACCCGGAAUGCACAUCAAUCUACAAUCUCUAUUCGCCCACGAAGUGCUGGUGAGACGGUGACUUCCAGACGUGAAGGCCAUGGAUGGGAUACCGAGACGCAAGACGACAUAACCGAUACCUGUAGCCAAUCCAGCAACGCAAGUGCCUCCGGUUACUACCGCUCUAAGAACGACAUGAGUCCCAGCUUCUUCAACUUCUCUACCCACAAUUCCUGGGGACGGGACAUAAUGUUCAACAAUGACCCCAGUCUACCUUCUCACCGGACAACUCGAUACGAGGAACUCCGAGGAUCAAGCGUGGUGGACCCCCUCAGAAGCGACGGCACAAUUGUCCCAUCCCACAGCAAUGUUGUCGCCAGAUAUGUCGACACUCCCCAAUACGGCACCAUCCCCAUUGACACGUCACCAAAGCCUCAACCACCAGAUCGCCGCUCCUCCCUCUCAGCAUCUACCAAACUCCGCCUCACCGCUGGUUCUUCGUCUGCACAAGCCUCAGAAACCUCACCUGCUUCAUCCAAAGACUCGAAGAAGUCCCGACUUCCGAGCCUGCGGAUCUUUGGACGAAGCGAGACAAGCCCGACUGUUAGUAGCUUCCAGCUGUCUGCACAGCAUAACGUGCGACCAAAGAACACUGCUGUCAGGGGUCAGACUUACUUUGGUGGAGGUGCAAAUGGGUAUGAGGAAGAGGAAUUGGCACGCGCUACGCCACCGCCGAUUAAGCGUAGUCGAGGACCGCAGGGGAGUGGAUAUAGACCUGUGUCUGCGGGAAAUGGUGCGGUGGGGAGGGAUAGUAUUGCCUUUGACACUGCUGGUCCUGGACAGGGGAUGAGACAAGGCCAGGCGAGACGAGGGAGUGUGAGUGAGAGUGCUGCUGCCGAGGUUGAGGAGGCGAAGGGAGGGAGAAAGUGGUUUAGUAUUGGACGGGCUAAUUCUUUGCGCCGAACCUGA